UAAACACUACCAUCACUCCAUAACCACCAUUUUCAUUAUCAUUGCUCUCACUCUUUCACAUGGCUUCUUCUUCUUUUUCAUUCUUCUCGUUUUUAAUAACAUUCACUUUUCUUCUACUUGCUAACCUCAGCACUGUUGCAUAUGCAGUGGCUAAUCAAACUAGAGAAACGCCGCCGCCGCCACCGCCACCACCGCCGCCGGAUUCCCAAAGAACUUCAUCCGCCUUCAAGCCAGGCAUGGCGGUGGUAGUUGGCAUAUUAACCACCAUGUUCUCUCUCACCUUCCUCCUCCUCCUCUACAUCAAGCACUGCAACGGCGGCGCCACCGACUCCACCGGAGCUACCAGAACCCGCUACAAUUACACCUCACGCGCGGCAACAUUCGCCGGAAGAAAAAACUCCGGCAUCGACCGUUCCAUAGUGGAAUCGCUUCCGAUCUUCAGAUUCGGAUCCCUCCGGGGACAAAAAGAAGGACUCGAUUGUGCGAUUUGUCUCGCAAAAUUCGAGUCCUCUGAAGUCCUCCGGCUCCUCCCGAAGUGCAAGCACGCGUUCCACGUGGAGUGCGUGGACACGUGGCUUGACGCGCACUCCACGUGUCCUUUGUGCCGGCACCAGGUGGAUCCGGAGGACAUUCUUCUGGUGGAAGACAACAAUGCAGCCGCACCGGUGCACCCUCAGAGCGAGAACGAAGCGUGUUCGGAGAGGUACGAAACACGGCGAGUCUCCGGAAGGCAUUCGUGGGUUGGUGAGAAAGAAGGAGGGUUCUUGGAGAUCAUUGUUGAGAACGAGAACGAAACAGAACGACGAAACGCAGCGCCAACGUCGUCGUUUAGGAGGUCGCUUGAUAGUGCCACGUGUGCAACGACAUCGAAAUCGAAUAAUAAUAAUAAUAACAAGAAGUGGUUAAUGCGUCCAAGAAAAGACGGGAUGCUGUUGAUGAAAACGACGACGCAUCAGGAAGCGGAGAAAGAGAAAGAAAGGAGGAGCACCGGUGCGGAACGGAGGUUGGAGCACAGGAUAAUUGUCUCUCCUACCCCUAAACAAUGCGGUUACGAUUAUAAUGGUUUGUUGCGAGGGCAGUUACAACGGUGGAGCGAUGUUCAGCCGUCGGAUCUACUUUACCUGACAUCGGAGAUGAUAAUAAGUAAGCAUAAUAACGGUAGUGGUGCUGAAAUCGGGGGCAAUUUGGUAAUUAACACGAGGAGUAUGUCUGAGAUAACGGGAUUGAGCAGGUUUGUGAGGAACGGUAACGGUAACGGUAGUAACAGAGAAGAAGAACAAGGAGUAAGAGGAGGAAGAAGAAGAGAAGAGGGGGUUGUUACGAGGUGGCUGGGAUGGAUAUCAAGGACGCAGACACAGCCAGCUGUACGGUAGGGAUGUUGUUAUUAGCAGACACGGCCUUCAGAUCUGAACGGAUGAGAGAGAAGGUGAUGUGUUUUUGUGGUUUUUUUUUUCUGACUCUGACUCACUAAAGUACUUGUGGUACUGUUUACUGAACUUGGUGACUGCUACCAUAUGCAUUUGUA